AUGCAUCUAGCUCGUUCGCUUAAACAAUCUAAUUGCGAUAUACGGCUUCUUUGGGGGUCGGUAUUCAUGAGAAUGGCAAGUUAUGGCCUAACUAAUCAAGUUCUAACUCUAUAUCUCGAAUCAUUGGGUGUAUCGGAAACAAAUAUCGGAUUAUUUAUGACGCUAACAUUGGUAGGUGAUACCAUUAUAUCAUAUUUUUUAACGUGGUAUGCAGAUCAUAUAGGACGGAGACUUGUCAUGAUCAUCGGGACACUUAUGAUGAUCACAUCUGGUUUAACAUUUGCCUUUUGCUCUAAUUUCAUGAUUUUGCUAAUUGCAGCUAUAUUUGGAGUUAUUUCUCCAUCUGGGGAUGAAACGGGGCCUUUCAAGAGCGUGGAGGAAGCAUCAAUUGCACACUUAACACCGCAUAACCAUAGACCAGAAAUAUUUGCAUUUCAUGGGUUGUUUGCGACGGCUGGUGCAGCACUUGGGUCAUUAUUCUGUGGAAUUAUCGUUGACCAUUUACAUUUGAAUUUGGGUUGGUCGACUGAAAACAGUUAUCGUUUCAUAUUUAUAGUUUAUUCUGGCAUAGCAGUGGUCAAGUUUGUAUUCAUGAUAUUUUUAACUGAGAAAUGUGAGGUUUACUACGACGAUAACGAAUUAUCGGAUGAUUCUACGGAAGAAUCAUCUUUAUUGGAUGAAAACGUUUAUGGAGAAGAAUCGUCGAAUGCAGUUAGAGGUUCCAAUGGAAAACUGAAAUUUUCGGGCCUUUCGCCACAGACUAAGCACUAUUUAUCUAGAUUAUUGGUUAUUUUCAUGCUUGAUUCGUUGGGUUACGGCUUUAUGCCAUCAUCAUGGGUAGUAUAUUAUUUCAAGAAAGUUUUUAAGGUUACUUCCACAGGCUUAGGUGUGUUAUUCUUUCUUACAAAUUCCAUCGAUUCUAUUUCUUCAUUGCCUUCUGCUUAUUUUGCAAAGAUCUUGGGUCCUGUCAAGGCAAUAUUAUUCACCCAAGCACCAUCCGCUAUAUUUUUUAUCUUGAUCGCAUUUACAAACAAAUUUAUAGCAGCGUCUGUAUGUUUGUUAUUAUAUUUUUCUACGUCUACUAUGGAUGUUGUUCCACGGCAAGUUUUGUUAACUUCUAUUAUGCCGAAUAAUGAGUUGACGAAAGCUAUGGGUAUUGUGAACAUAGGAAAAACCUUUGCUAGAUGUGUUGGUCCAAUUUUUACUGGAAAGUUAGCAGAAAAAAAGCUCUUACAUUAUGCAUUCGUAAUCAAUGGGAGUUGUGUCUUACUAGCCGAUUUAAUUCUAGCUACAAACUUUCUUCAAUUGGAUAAAGAGAUCUUAAAGAAACAGAAAAUUGAUUACAACAUACAAUAA